UGCCACCCAUCAGUGCUGCCCAUCAGUGCCGCCAUCAGUGCCACCCAUCAGUGCUCAUCAGUGCUGCCCAUCAGUGCCACCUAUAAGUGCCCAUCAUUGUUGCAUAUCAGUGCAGCAUUAUCAGUGCCACCUCAUCAGUGCUACCUAUCAGUGCCGCCUAUCAGUGCCCAUCAGUGCUGCCUAUCCGUGCCACCUCAUCAGUGCUGCACAUCAGUGCUGUCUAUAAGUGCCCAUCAUUGUUGCAUAUCAGUGCAGCAUCAUCAGUGCCACCUCAUCAGUGCUACCUAUCAGUACCGCCUAUCAGUGCCCAUCAGAGCUGCCUAUCAGUGCCCAUCAGAGCUGCCUAUCAGUGCCCAUCAGUGCUGCCUAUCAGUGCAGCCUCAUCAAUGCACAUCAGUGAAGGAGAACAAUUACCUGUUUGCAAAAUUUUAU